UUAUUGAUCGUGAGUUGUUAUGGUGCUUGCUUCGUAUAGAAUUUCCAUCAUCUUAUGAAUCAGCUAAUUAUAUAAAAUACUUGGUUCAAAAAAUUCAAUGCCAUAAGGAAUUUAUGAAUUGGAUGAAGACGAAAACAUUUGAAUGGCUACGUAAAAAUCAAAUUAAAAAUUGGCAAUUAGAAGUCUCAAUAAACAAAAAAGAUUUAUAUCUAUAUUCUUCCUUCUCAAUCGCUUUACAAAUAUAUAUUUGUAACCAAGUUAGAAAACCUGUAUCUCAACUAUUAUUUGCUUUAGAGAAAGUAUCAGGACUUUUAAUCCUUGAUAGCAAUAAUUUACUUUGUGAGGGAAACAGAUUUGAUGAGUAUAGUGAUGCUGCACCUAAUUUAUUCGCUUUCUGGAAACCAAUAAUUAUGAAUACCAAAAUAGUUAAUACUGAGAAUUUAAAGAUGCCUUACAUUAUAGCAAACAAAUUUCAUGGUUUGAACCUUCCAUUUUCAACAUACUUUAUGGAACAGAUUACUAAAUUUAAAAGUAUAUAUCAGGAUGAUUUAAAAAUGUUGGAAGGAAUUCCAGAAAAUCUUGAUGAAGAAACUGGUAAUCUCAAAUCACAUAUUAUUGAUGACUGCGUUGAAAGGUUUUCAGAGCACAUUAUUUCCCUAGUUCCUGAGUUAAAAAUACCACAGUUUGAUUUACCAAAUGCAUAUUUUAAUGAUUUUGCGACUAUUAUUUCCCAUGGAAGAAUUGAUAACAGCCAAAUAUUACGUCGAAUUAUAUCUCAUCACAUGAAUCAAGAAGUUCCAGAUCCUAUAAGACUUCAUGUGUUUUGGUGGGACAAUGAAGACAUAAUCCUGACUGAAUUGCAAUUGAUUUCACUACUUCCAAACAUUGCUGAAGAAAUUUUAAGUACUAAAUUUGACCAAGAUGGAGAAUUUAACUUGAAGAAUUACUUAUUCAAACGAGAAUCAAAUAUUAUGAUAAAUAAACUUUUUAGCAUCAUUUAUAAUAGCAAUAAGAAAAACAAUAAUACAAGUGAGAACGUUAUUAAAGAGAAUUCUAUGGCUUGUAACGAGAAUGAACCAAUUAAACUUCAACAAUGGCAGCGUGAUGUCGCAAAUAUUUUGUCAAUUUCUACCAAUUUAUCAAAUUCCUUCAACAAUCCAUCACUAAAUAUGCUUCGAGUAUAUAAUGACUUGUCUAAAACAAUUUCCUUAACACAAUUGUUUCAAAUUAGGCAACACGCAGCUGAUUUAUUUUCAAAGCAAUCUAUUGAUAUUAUUUUCGAAAAACUUGAUCAAAUAGAGAAAACAGAAAUUAAAGCAAUAAAAAGCACAAUGAGGCUGAAAGUUAUUGAAGGCAUCUUAUCCAGGCAAAGGAACUCAAAAAUAGCAGCGUUAUGUUGUGAUGUUAUUCAGAUGCAACUCUCUAAAUAUCAAAUGCCUCAUUAUAUUCUGAUGAAAGCAAUAGAUAUUUUGACUAGAGAUGCUAAAGAAUUAGAGAAAAUUACUGCAAUUGCCAUUUUGAAAGUAUUUGCAAGUGAAUUCUGGAAUUGUGUAGAACCCAAAGAUUCUUCAAACAAUCCAAUAAAUUAUAAGCUUAUAGAUGAUUUAAAUAAACGUUUAGAGUUGCCAAUAAUGCACCCUUUAGUUCAUUCAUUCGCAACAUAUUUAGUCAAAUCUUUAUAUUUGAAAGGAUUGACAACUUAUGAAAUUAAACAAUUCUGUUAUGCACGACAACAUAUUUUACCAUGGGUCAGAAUUUUAAAAACAGAUUGUGAUAGUCGACUUGGAUUUAACCCUUAUUAUUACUUUAAACAAUUUAAACAAUUUGAUCUUUUAUUCAGAGAAAUUUCUUACAGUGAUGAAUUAUCAGUAAAAAAUACAUUUAAUACGAUUGCUGAAAAUAAUGAUAUAACACAAAAAAUUUCAUUGGCUGGAAUGAUAAUAACAAAUUUUUAUCUUAUUAGAGCAUCACGUGAAUUGAAUUCAAAUGAUAUUAUGUUAAUCCAGAAGAUGUCUAUGUGCUUACGUUCAUCUCGACUUCCAGAGAAUUAUAAAAUGUACCUUUUAAAUUUUAUGACCAAUAAUCGUCAAUUAUACGAGCUAAGCCCAGAUGUUAAAAACACUGAUUUAUUUAUUUCUUCGGUUAUUGCUCAUGUCGUAGCCUUACAUACAUCACUUCCUGCUAAUGCUUCUCCUCUAAGUGCAUAUAUGCAGUUAUUAUAUGAUUAUAAAGAUACAUAUAUAUUGACUUGCCCGUCAGAUGAAUUGGCUUUAAUAACAAAUGCUAUAAUAGCAAAGGAUUCAGGAACAAGGAGAUAUCAAUGCAAAUGUGGCAAUAUUUACUUUAUUGGUAAUUGUGGACGUCCAGAUGAAAAUGGUAUAUGUAACCAAUGUCACAACAGAAUAGGUGGUUUGGAUCACGUACUUAAUGAAGGGAGUAACAGUAUUGAUAGUGAUAAAAUUAAACGAUCUAUUGCAGUAAAAGACAAACAAGGCUAUAUAAUUGAAGAUGGAUUUGACAACAAUCAUCAUAGUGUUAGAACCUUGCACCCUGCUUCUUACAGGAUUCUUCAUUUGUUUUUGCAUAUAAUUAUUGGCAUCCAAUCACAUUUAUCAACUACUAUUGCUUUUAUUAAUAAUCGAAAUAUUAACAUUUUUCAAUACUGUAAAAUGCACAUUGAAAAUGAUUGGAAGGCAUUAAAAAGUAUGUUUAACUGCGAAGAUGAAACUUUAACGUUAGUUAUUCAUGCAAUACUUUCAGACAUGUUAAAUGAAUCUUUGCAAAAUGUUGAAAAGUUUACAUCAUCAGCUCAAAGAGAAGCUUGGGAAGAUAAUUUUAGUCGACAAUAUGUUUUACCAAGAAUUAAGAAUUUUAUAGGGACUGCCAAUAACUUCCGCAUUGUUUUGGAUAAAAAUGCAGAGAAUUCACUUGAAAUUAAUGAGACUAUGCAAACUAGCGAGAACUAUUUACCUUUACUUUGGAGAUUAAUCAGAAAACCAGAUUUAGAUGAUUUUAGAUCUUACUAUAUGUCUAACCAUGAGAAUAAAGAGCGAUUACCGUUAUUAAAUAUUUUCUUGAAACAUGAAAAAGAUCUAAACCUUAUUAAACAUCUUGUACCAAUCAUGAAGUUUAUACAAAUCCUUUCUUCAAGACUUUCUCAUGCUAUUGAGAGGCAAAAAGCACGUCAAUUAACAUUUCAACAAUUCAUAGCAAAUGAAUGUGAAGAUGAUGACACUGAAAAAAACAAAAAGUCUUUGAAUGAAGCAUUUAAUAGCUUUGCAAACUCGUGGAACUGUCUAAUUCCAUAUAUCAAGCGAUAUCAAUGUAAAGACUUACCACAAGGAAUGCCUAAAAUGCAUAAAAAAAUAUCAAUAGUUUAUGGAUUAUAUGAGCCAACCGAUGAGUCUAUUUAUAUAUGUGCAAUAAUAGAAUUCUUAGCUCAAUUACAAAACAAUUUUUUAAAUGAUGUUAUAGAAAUUUCUUCUGAAACUUGUCAAUCGCUAAAAUUCAUUGAAAAGUCAAGUACUCAUAAAAAAAGCGAACAAGAAUCGAGAUAUUAUUUGCAAUCUAUUUCUCUUGAAAAUGCAAAACCAGAACAAAUAAUUAAUUAUGAUGAUAUCUCUGAGGUCUUUUUAUAUAGUCAAAAUGAUCUUAGACUAGGUCAUGGUCGAGAAAUUCAUUAUGACCUAUACAAGAUCGAAGCCGAGUUAGCUCUAGAAUUAGUAUACGGGAAAAAGUUAAUCAAGGCCAAUAAAGAUCAAAUGUAUUUGAAUACAUUUACAUAUCGUAAUGAGUUAUUUAAUAGAUCUAUGACAAUUUUAGAUGAAAUUAAAAAUUUAGUACAACAAGAGCAAAUCCCUCUUAAUAAAAAACCAAAAAUAAUAGAAAAUCAAAUGGAAUUACUUUCUGCUUUAGAAAUAAUUAUUUGUUUCUUAAAACAAACAUCUGGAGGAGAUCGCGAUGCUUUGAUUAGUGAUUACGUAGAAACUUGGAUGAAAUCAAGUGUAAUGAAGAGAUACAGUUACGAAUUAUUAACAAGAACAGGAUUACAACUUAAGCAUAUCGUGGCAUUAUAUGAGCUAGUUGAAGAACAUGUGGCCGAUAUAGUUGUUAAUUGUAUAUCUCCAAAAUACCAAGUUGAAUUAAAUGAAUCAUUGAAGCAAGACAUUUUAGAAACAAUAGGCUUUAAACAUACUAUUCUAGAAAAUUAUACUGAAAUACCAGCAGAAGCAUUCUUAACUGCAUUGAAAAGACUUAUUGUAAGAUAUUUGUCAGCUGAUUGUGAAAUCAUUAAAGAAAAUGUUCCUCUUUCUUUAUAUCUCGUGGACAAUGAUUCUCUUGGAUGUUGGCCUGACUAUGUUUCUAUAGAACUUGUAGAAGAUAAAUUUCCAACAAGUUUAUUAACAUCUCAUAUAUAUAGCGCUUACCAUUUUGUUAAAGAG